AUGAAUUCCUUGUGCAGUUCAAUGAUUGCUGCUAUCUUUGCCAUCACAUUCAUCCUUUCAUAUGGGGUCAUCAUGUCCCAAGCUAGGGUUCUUCCUUCUUCAUCCUUAGUUUCAAAAACUUCACAAUCUCUUUCACAUUCAUAUUUUCAUAGAGAAGGACAAAAAUCAACUCAGAAGCCUCAUGUAGCCGCUAGCCUUAGCAAAAUACCACCUAGAAAACCAAAUCCAACUGUGCCUGAGGUAGCUGCUAACCUUAGAAGGAUACCACCUAGCAGACCAAAUCCUACACAGAACAAGUUAAAGCCUAAGAUAAGAGGGUAA